AUGCUGGUUGGAUGGCUCAGUGAUGCAGGGCGUUUAAUUUCGGAUAUCCACCAUGAAGAGUCUACCUGCAGAAGAAAUCUAGUCUCGGUGGAUGUGGACAAGCAGCUUCGAGGUACACAAACUAACGUAACUGUUGACGGUUGGUUGUUUGUACAAAAUUUGGGUGGUCGGUUGAAAGCAGCUCGUGAAAUGGAGAAGUUAUCGUCAAACCUCAAGCCUAAAGCAGUUAAUGCCAGAUCUACCGCUUCGGUAAAUUUCAAGAGUCUGUCUCGAGCAAAUGUCAAGGGGUAUCGAGGCAGACCCAAAUAUUCCCGGAAAACUCGAAGCCUCGAGGUAAAAAACACUCGGAAGAUUUCUAGCUCAACCAAAGAAAAUCGUCCCAUUUAUCGAACCAACUAA